AUGGAUGAUUCAUCUUUACCUAUAUAUGAUUUUAUUGUCGUGGGUGGUGGAACCGCUGGGUAUGUCGUCGCGGGAAGGCUGGCAGAGAAUCCCAAAGUGAAGAUCCUGGUCAUUGAAGCGGGAGAAGGAAACCCUGAAGAUAUCACAGAGAUUACAACGCCUGCUCGAGCAUUCGAACUCCGAAACAGUAAGCAUGACUGGGCUUAUCGAACGACUUUCGUGGACAAGCCCGAUUACGAACGUGUCGAGAAAUCAAACACUCGUGGUAAGAUCCUUGGCGGAAGCAGCAGCUUGGAUCACUUCACCUGGCUCCGCGGGAGUAAGAGCACAUUUGAUGCGUGGAAGGAGUGCGGUGGAGAUGAAUGGACUUGGGGCGAGGGCCAUCGUUUGAGAGAAGACAUCUAUAAUGGGAAGGUGGAAGGUUUGACCCAUUGCAUUAGCACACUAUACGAUGGCAUCCGAACCAAUAGCACAGUGUACCUGAAUGGCAAGGAUAAUGUCGAGUACAUGUAUUCCAGCGUUGCGACAAAGAUCAAUUUUGAAGGCGAGGAGGACGAUACAGCGGUUGUAUCAAGUGUGAUUGUUGUCGAUAAAAGUCAGUCGCCACAAAUCGUGUUGGUGAGAAAGGAGGUCAUCAUCGCCGGUGGUGUCUUUGAGACCCCAAAGCUGUUACUUCUCUCUGGCAUCGGCCCCAGGCGUGAACUGGCGCGCCAUGAUUUGCAACCCGUGAUACAUUCUGAGCAUGUGGGGAAACAUCUCCUCGACCAUCCGAUUCUGCCGCAUGUGUUCAGGCUGAAAGAAGGCUUGGGCCUGGAUCAUAUUCUCCUUCGAAAGGGGCGUCACCACGACCACGCUGUCGAGCAGUAUGAAAGGGGCAAGAAGGGUCCAUUGGCGAGCGGGCUUCUUGAAAUGGUGGCCUUUCCGCGCAUUGAUGAACGACUCAAUAAUUAUGAAAAAUAUCUCAUAGCUAAAGAGGAAAAUGGUGGCAAGGAUCCAUUCGGGGCUGGAAGUCAACCCCAUUUUGAAAUCGACCUCAUUCCUAUGUUCUGCGAUGCAUUCCAGUGGCAUUUUUCUAUUCCCACAGAGGGAGACUGGCUAACUGUCAUCGUCAAUCUCCUUCACCCGCAAUCAAAAGGUGGGUAUGUCCGACUGAACUCGACAGACCCACGGGAACAGCCCGAUAUUAAUCUCAAAUACUUUGACAAUGAUCUCGAUGUUCUCGCUUUGAGAGAAGGAGUACGUUUUAUCGAUGAAAUUCUCAUGGAAGGGGACGCAAUGAAAGAUAUCAUUGGCGAAGAUUAUCCGUUUCCCAUGCCCCGUGAGUCGGACGAAGAAAUGGAUCGGUUCAUAUUGGAUCGAGCGCAGACUGGAUACAAUCCUUGUGGUACUGCUAGACUGUCUCCUGACAUUUCCCAAGGAGUAGUCGACCCCGAGCUGAGAGUUCAUGGGGCCAAGAAUCUCCGUAUUAUUGAUGCUUCGAUCAUUCCGGUGAUUCCUGAUUGUCGAAUCCAAAAUGCAGUUUACAUGAUUGCAGAAAAGGGGACCGACAUGAUCAAGAAAGCUUAUCCAGACUGGUAUGAACGAUAA